GCGCCCGUAGCUGCUGCUGUUGCUGCUGCUGCUACCUCCUCCUGCCUCCUUGUCCCCGGUCUCUGCGCCGCUCGGUCCCUCGCCGCGCCGUGCCGCGCCGCACGGGGCCUGGCCUUCGCCGCUGGCUCUCCGCCUCCCCUUCUUCCUCGGAAAAGGAGAGUUUCCAGAAGGAGCCCGUGAGCCGUGCGCGGCCCCGGCCCCGGCCUCGGCCUUGGCUCCGGCUGCAGCCCCAUUCCCACCGCCCUAACCCGUGUUUGCAGCCUCCCGACCCAAGCCAACGGGGAGCGACUUGGCUCGUCUCCCGGGCCCCAGCUUCACGAGUAAGAAAAGGUUCAGUGGACGGCGAUGACUGCGGAGGAGAUGAAGGCGGCGGGGGAGAGCAGCGCGCAGUCGGCCCCGUUGCCCUUGGAGGGGGUGGACAUUAGCCCCAAACAAGAUGAAGGCGUGCUGAAGGUAGUGAAGCGAGAGGGGACGGGCACGGAAUCCCCCAUGAUCGGUGACAAGGUCACCGUGCACUAUACCGGCUGGCUGCUGGAUGGCACCAAAUUCGACUCCAGCCUGGACCACAAGGACAAGUUCUCCUUCUACUUGGGCAAAGGGGAGGUCAUCAAAGCCUGGGACAUCGCUGUAGCCACCAUGAAAAUAGGGGAAGUCUGCCACAUCACCUGCAAACCAGAAUAUGCCUAUGGUUCAUCGGGCAACCCUCCCAAGAUUCCCCCCAGCGCUACCCUGGUGUUUGAGGUGGAGCUGUUCGAUUUUAAGGGAGAGGAUCUGACUGAGGAUGAAGAUGGUGGAAUCAUCCGUAGGAUCCGGAGUCGGGGAGAGGGCUACUCCAAGCCCAACGAGGGAGCCAUAGUGGAAGUUGUGCUAGAGGGUCACUAUAAAGGCCGGGUCUUUGACCAGCGAGAGUUAAGCUUUGAGAUCGGAGAGGGUGAGAACUAUGAUGUUCCCCUUGGCCUCGAGAAGGCGAUUCAGCGCAUGGAGAAGGGAGAGAAGUCCAUCGUCUACCUGAAGCCCAGCUAUGGUUUCGGGAGCGCUGGGAAGGAGAAGUUUCAGAUCCCGAAGGAUGCUGAGCUCCAGUACGAGGUGACCCUCAAGAGCUUUGAAAAGGCCAAGGAGUCCUGGGAGAUGAAUGCAGAGGAGAAGUUGGAGCAGAGCGCCAUCGUGAAGGAGCGAGGCACGGUAUACUUCAAGGAAGGCAAAUAUAAGCAAGCCCUGCUUCAGUACAAGAAGAUUGUGUCCUGGCUGGAAUAUGAGCUGGGCUUCUCCAAAGAGGAAGGACAUCGAACCCAGGCUCAGGCGCUGAGACUGGCCUCGCACCUCAACCUGGCCAUGUGUCACCUCAAACUGCACUCUUUCUCUGCUGCUGUGGAGAGCUGCAAUAAGGCCCUAGAGCUGGACAACAACAAUGAGAAAGGUCUUUUUCGUCGUGGGGAGGCCUAUCUGGCUGUGAAUGACUUUGAGCUGGCCCGGGAUGACUUCCAGAAGGUCCUCAAGCUCUACCCCAGCAACAAGGCUGCCAGGACCCAAUUGACAGUCUGCCAACAGCGGAUACGUGAACAGCAUGCCAGGGAGAAGAAGCUUUAUGCAAACAUGUUCCAGAGAUUGGCUGAGAAAGAGAACAAGCCUGGGCCAGAACCUGCGGGGGGAGACUGUCAGGCUGAUGCCGAGAUGAAGGAUGACCAGCAGAAUGGUGUGGAUGGGAGCAAGUCUCAAGUGGAGGCAGAAGCAUAGCUAGCCCUUCAACCCCAGUCCAGUGGCUGCCUACCUCCCGUGCCCCAGCCCUCCCCAUGCCACCCUGUUAGUUUUGUAAAAAACAAAAAACACAAAAACAAACAAAAAAAACCUGAAGAAUUUCGAGUGAAUUAGACCUUUAUUUUUCUAUCUGGUUGAAUGGUGACUUUGGGGAAGGGGAAGGGAACAGCUUUGUUGGGGAUGUUUUAGGGAAGGCCUUCCUUUCCAGUCCCCUCAGAAACGUUAAUUUAUUUUACUCCCUCCGCAGCCCAAUCCAGUUCCACACUGGGAAAGGGAGUGAGGACGAGUCUUGAAGCUGGGGUGCAGAGGGAACAAUGAGAACACCUCCCUCCCCUCUUCUCCUCUGCUGCCGGUGGCACAGGGGAGUGUAACCAAAACAAAACCAAACCCUGCUGCUGCUUCCCUGGCUUCUGUUUGUUCCUUUCCUAGGCCCAGAUCUUGUGGCAGUUGGUCCUUCCUGGUAUCACAGUGACCACUUUCAUGUUUGCUCCCCUUUUUUCUUAACCAUGCCUUCUCCCCUGCCUGUUCUUUGUUGUUCCCAUCCCCCUUCCUUGGCCUCUUAACCUGCACGAUGCUGAAGAUCCAGGCUCUCAAGUUCCACGCUUGAGCAAUAAAGUGGAAAUAACCAAA